UAUGUGAUAACUGUUUGUUUUCUUAAAAAUACUUAUCAAAUGUUCACAAUUUUCUUGACCAAAAGCUCUACUGGACUGACUGAACCGUUGUGAUAUUACGACACCAAAAGCGCAUGCGCCAUUUUGAGAUUCGGGAAUUUUUCCACGCGCUUCAUCUGAAGUUGGGCAAAUUAACAGUACACGAAAAUGCCGUUCAAGGGAGCUACAGAAGAGGAGCAACUAAGGAAACUCUUUAUUGGUGGAAUUUCUUACGAGACCACUGAUGAAUCAAUGAACGAUUAUUUCUCUAAAUAUGGAAAAAUUGAAGACUGUGUCGUGAUAAAAGACAGCUCAACUGGCCGGUCCAAGGGAUUUGGUUUUGUGACCUUUGAAACAGAAGCUGAGGCCGAUGCAUGCAUGGAUGACCGCCCACAUACACUUAACAGUCGUCAGAUUGAUGUAAAACGGGCAGUUUCUAGAGAGGAAUCUGUAAAACCUGGAGCACAUUUCCAAGUAAAGAAAAUUUUUAUUGGUGGUCUUAAAGAUGGCUGUGAUGAAACUAAUCUAAAAGAAUACUUUGGUCAGUUUGGUACCAUUGAAACUUUUGAACUCCCGCUUGAGAGGGACAGUGAAAAACCAAGAGGUUUCGCGUUUAUAACUUUUGAAGAUCAUGACACUGUAGAUAAACUUGUUGCAAAGCGACAUCACUAUGUUAAUGGCGUAAGGUGCGAGGUGAAAAAGGCGCUAUCGAAAGCAGAAAUGGAAAAAGCAAAAACUCAAGUUGAAUCAAAGAGACAUUAUGGUGGUGGAGGGUCAAGAAAUGGUGGUGGAGGUGGAGGUUACCAGAAAGGCUCUGGAGGUUAUGGUGGCAGAGGAUAUGGUGGAGGCGGUGGGGGUUAUGGGGGUGGGUAUGGAGAUGACGGUUACGGUUAUGGUGGCUAUGAUGACUAUGAUGAUGGUUACGGUUACGACAGCGGAUAUUCGAACUCAGCUUCGAACUUUGGUCCAAUGAAAGGAGGUUACUCUAAUCGAUCGAGUGGUCCUUAUGGAGGUGGUUAUGGAUCUGGGGGUGGGUAUGGCGGCGGGGGAGGAGGAGGUGGUUAUGGGUCAAGUGGGUAUGGUGGUUAUGGGGGCAGCGGCGGCGGUGGUUAUGGUGGGGGUGGGGGAGGUGGCUACAACAGUGGCUAUGGUGGCUACGGAGGAAAAUAUUAAACCAAUCAAUUCACACUCUUCAUGUAUCAUAGAUACGUUCCUGCUUCGGAGGUUUGCAUUAAAAUUAGAAUUUUUUAGGCUUAACUUCGCUGUUUAGUUUUAAGGUACAGUUUUCCGUCCCCUAAUAGUUGUAUGUCCCAAUUUGAGAAUGUGGUGUGACCUGGCAAUUAUUCUUUUCCAGGUAGGGUAGGCUCGGAAGAUGUAGGCAUAGGUGCCUGUACAUUCAUACACCCCAUUAAAGUAGGGAGUGUAGGCGCUCUAUUUCAACCACCGAUAGGGAGUGUAGGGCGAUCAAUCUACUCUCUCGAUAGCAACUAGAUCUAUAGAACUGCUGGAUAAAUAGCUUGCAUAGCUCCGAAGCAAAGUUACUGAUGACUGUAUAUACUAGAUGUUACAUGAUUAUACAUAACUGCCUAUCAAGUUGUAUUUGGGCCGAUAUAAAGCAGAUAUCUCUUGAUGGAGUUCACAAUCAGUUGGUACUUUUGUUCUUCUAAUCAAUCUUUCGUUUUCUAAGCGAACCCACCCAUGUACAUGAAGAGUGUGUGGGUUUAAAAUUCUGUUUAAUUCUCUGCCACAGAACGUUUCAUGUUUUAUAUUUUAGUCUUCUUGUAAAUAUGUGCAGGUCCUGGUGCACUCCCCCCACUUUUAAGAAUCACGUAUGUCAAAUGUUCGUUCUGAGUUGUGUUAAUAAAUCGUUUAUUUUCAAUCA